AUGGUGCUGAUGAGCGAUGUUUCUAAGGACUUAUUUGAGAGAUAACUUGCUAUUAUUACAAUUUGUCUGGUUGGAUCAUACCUCAUAAUUGUAAUAUACUUGUAUUUCUACUUCUCUGGUACACCAUUUAGAAGUCCAACUUAUGCAUAAAAAAUGAAAAGAUUGGCGAUUAUUUUUGGAAUCUGGACAAUCUGCAUGAUACCUAAGGCAUCACUCACUUUAUCAGGUUACCAAUAUGUUUCUAAUGAUUAGAGUGAUUAGAAUUCAAAUGACUAGAAUGAUCUUAAAACUGCAAUUCUGACAUUCUUGGCAUAUUUAAUGACUGAGAUUCUACCUAUAGUUCUCACUUUGGAGGCUAACUUCUUGCAAAUUUUCACACUUGAAUUUAAAGUCUUGGAUGAUAAUCAAAAUAAUCUUUAAGGCGAGACUUUAUUAGAGUAAACAAUUGGAUUUUAGCAAAACAUGAGUAAUUCAGGAUAGAGCAUAAUGGACAUUGAUGUUGAAAGGGGAGGGGAUAUCAAUAAUUAAGAUGAAAUAUUUUAAUUGCAACUCGAGAGAGGAAAGAGUUUUAUGGACAUAUCCAAGUAGAGGCAAGUGCUUGAAGAACAGUCUAUUAAAAUAAAUUAAGAUGAUCUGUCUAAAACUAGGGAUAAGUUACUUGUUGGUAAAAAGGACUUCGUGCUAUUUGAAGUUAUGGUUAAAAAAUAAAAGGAAUUCGAUAGAGAAAAUGGAUUAUAGGUGCUGAUUGGAGAUAUAGAGAUCAAUCCAUUCCAGAAAUAUGCUAGUUUAAUGACUAAUUAUUCUGUCUCAUCCGUUUGGGAAAUAUUACAUGAUUAAGCGCCAUUUGAUAAUGAUUUGCUGUUGGCUAAAAAUUUCGUCUUAAAUGAAGAUGCUAGACCGUAGAUUUCAGAUACUGUUGAUGUGGAUAUUGCAAAACUGAUUAGAUUGUGCUGGUAAAAUGAUCCUAACAAAAGACCUCAUUUUUCUCUUAUUUAUGCUAAAUUGAGAGAAAAUUGA